AUGGCGAAAAAUAUAGAAAUUAAAGACAAGAACUAUAAAGAAUUGGAUGAAAAGUUAGACAUGAUAGAAAAUGAACAAAAGAAGAUAUGGGAAGAAAAAUUGGAAAAGAUAAAAGCUGAGAAUGAAAAAAUUUUGAAAGAAAAUUUGGAAAAUAAACGUAAGGAAAUGUUGGAGAAAUAUAAUGAUUUUAUUGUUGGAUUAAAAGAAAGAUGGUUUAGAGCUCUUUUUUAUCAUUUACCUGAUGAAGUAUUAAAAUGUGGAAAUAAAAAUAGUGUGAUAAUUGAAUUAAGUAAGGAAAACGAAGAAAAAGAAGAAGCAUGUACUAGCACUAAAACAAUUAAAGAUGAAGAAGAGGAACAUUUUCUUUAUUUUGACAAAAACAGUCUAAUUGGUAAACCAUUUUUGCUACACAUUUAUGGAAAAGAAAAUGCAAUAAAAUUGCAUAAAGAAAAAAAGGAUUCGGCGAUUUUUGUGAAUUUAAACGAUAAAAAUAUAUUUGAAGUGAAUGAAGGCAAGUUUUCUAAAGACAACUACAUAAAUAAGAUUAAAUGGUACUUUAUGGAUAUGUCACCCCCUCCUAUUUUGAGUCUCAGAGUUUUCCUUAUGCGUAGAAAAUGGUCAGAGAUUAUGUAUUUUCUUCUCCAUGUCAAUCAUUUUUUCUUCAAGCAAGAUAAGUGA